UUUGUUCAGUCUCCAUAAAUCAGCUAAAGCCACGAUCUUUGUUCCUUCUCUCACUCGGUGGCGGCUCUCUCAAGCUUUGCCCUUUCUUCUCUUUCUUUUAAUAUAUAUAUACAUAUUUUUACCUUCUUUAACAAAAACCCUAAUUUUAGAAAUAGAUUAGGUACACUAAAUUUCUAUUUCCUUUUAUUUUUGGGUAAUAAUGAUGGAGGGUUCAGCUGGGCUAAAACAUAAACACUUGGAGUUCACUUUGGCGUCAGUUUCUGAGCUGUCUACUUCAUCGGUUUCUUCUUCUUCUUAUACGCCGGUGAUUGCUCGGUUCAGUGCUGAUGGUGGAGUUGCGGAGCUUCGGUUUCACCAAGGUUCGGAAUUUAUUGAUGGCUUCAAUGUCGAUCUUGGAAACGCUCAGCUCUUCAAGUUGGGGCCUGUUAAAUCUCUUUGCGUUUCCGAGAGUUCUGAAACCAAUAAAGAGAGACCAUAUUCGUGGGGAGUCACCAUUGAAUUUAGAAAUGAGGAAGAGGGCAGGGACUUCCAUUCUGCAUUUGAGCAAUGGAAGGAGGAAGAUGUUGUUCAAGGAACACAUUUACCAAAUGGAGCCAUUUCUGCUUCUAAGAGCAAGUUUGAUAAUAAAAUCGAGCCAGCUUCUGCCAAAAUGUAUUUCCAUUAUUAUGGACAAUUGCUACAUCAGCAAAAUAUGUUACAGGAUUAUGUGAGGACAGGAACCUACUAUGCUGCUGUAAUUGAGAACCGUGCAGAUUUUACAGGUCAUGUGGUAGUUGACGUUGGUGCUGGCAGUGGCAUUUUGUCAUUAUUUGCUGCACAGGCUGGUGCAAAGCAUGUUUAUGCUGUGGAAGCUUCUGAAAUGGCAGAAUAUGCUCGCAAACUUAUUGCUGGGAACCCCACAUUAGGUCAACGGAUUACUGUGAUCAAGGGUAAAGUUGAGGAAGUUGAGCUGCCUGAGAAAGCAGAUAUUCUGAUCUCUGAACCAAUGGGCACCUUAUUAGUUAAUGAAAGAAUGUUGGAGUCCUACAUAAUUGCAAGAGAUCGGUUUCUUGUGCCUAAUGGGAAAAUGUUUCCAUCAAUUGGAAGGAUUCAUAUGGCACCUUUCAGUGAUGAAUAUUUAUUUGUUGAAAUUGCAAAUAAGGCUCUUUUUUGGCAGCAACAAAACUAUUAUGGUGUAGAUCUCACACCCUUAUAUGGGUCUGCAUUCCAGGGAUACUUCUCUCAGCCUGUGGUGGAUGCUUUUGAUCCAAGAUUAUUGGUGUCUCCUCCUAUGUGCCAUGUAAUUGACUUUGCUGAAAUAAAGGAAGAGGACUUAUAUGAAAUAGAUAUUCCAUUGAAAUUCACAGCAUCUGUGGGGACUAGAGUGCAUGGCUUGGCCUGUUGGUUUGAUGUUUUGUUUAAUGGGAGUACUGUGCAAAGAUGGCUUACCACUGCCCCUGGUGCACCUACAACCCACUGGUACCAGAUACGAUGUGUUCUUUCUCAGCCAAUUUAUGUUAUGGCUGGGCAAGAAAUUACUGGCCGACUUCACAUGAUUGCCCAUAAUGCUCAGAGUUAUACGAUAUAUCUAACAUUGUCAGCUAAAAUGUGGGGCCCUGGGGCAGAACAAGGCGGAAUUCUUCAGACCUCAUCAUGCAAACUUGAUCUCAAGGAGCCUUAUUAUAGAAUGUCGCAGCCACAACCCUACACAUUGGCACAAGACCAGCAACCACAUCAACUACUGCAGGCUCAGGAUAUACCGAUCCACGCUGAGGAUUUAGAGGAACCUGAGUUGCUGCAGCAACCAUCAGAAAAUUCAGGCGCUCAGCUCCAAUAAGUUACCGAGUGAAAAAAUAUUCAAAAUUCCAGAGUCACGAGGAUUCUAACGGGCAUGUGUCUGUAACAUAAAUUUUGCUUUUACCCUGGAAAACGCUAGGGUGUAAUACCUCUGGUCAUUUGUGCCAUUUGCUUCUGAUCCCUGUAUAUUGAAACCAACGUGACUCACUAUUAUUAUUUGAGUGGCUGUGUUGGAUCUUUGUACGAUUUUAUCAUGAUUUAACCAGUUUAAUAAUCAAAUCCUGUUCAGUGGGCAAA